AUGUUGAAACUUGAUUCUGUUACUGUUGAUUGUGUCAGUGCUGUGAAUCCUAGCGUUUCCCCAGUCAUUGAACAUGAUUAUGUGUCCAAGCCUCUAUCCCAGACUGAGAUGGAGACGGAGAAUAAUGUAGUUCUUGAUGUCAUCUCUGACGUUUUCAAGGAAAUGAAAGAGAAAAAUGAGGAGGCAAUGCUAGACUUGAGAAGCCAGUGUCAGAGUUUGACAUCAAGAACUGCAGUAUUUUCAUCAGUGUUGCAGAAAUACAGAGGAAUUACAGAUUUGUUAGACAACACGGAACAUUUUCUGCAAGACAUCAUUUUGGAAAUGAGGAAAAGAGUUCCGUUGUUACUGGAGGUACUCUGUUGUGCUGCCAUUCCUGCAAAUGGAAAAGUGGCCCCAUCUUUGAUUCCCAUCCUUGCAGCUUCCUAUGCCAUAUUGAUGAAACACAGGUUUCAUAACCUCUCAGCAUUUCAGAGGCUUACUACUGCCAUUGCCAUCAAAGGAGGACUAGAUGAUAGGUUUUUAGUGAACAUUAAAGUUGUGUAUCACUACAUUUUUGUUUUGUAUUUUCAGAACAUAAAAAUGAAUGAAGAUCAAAUGAAAACAGAGAGUAAAAAGAUUUUCCCAUGCAUCCUUUGCAAAAAAAGAACAAGGCCAAAUGACAGAAAAAAAUGUGAGUCAACAGCAAUCCGUCGCUUCCUCAGAAAGAACUUUCUUGUUGAGGCAAACUCAAAUGACAUUUUGUGCAACAAGUGCAGACAUCGCUACCAUGGAAACCAGAAAACAUGCCAGCAGAAGUCUAGUUCCCUUCCUGUGUGUCAGCCUCUACAACCAGGAAUGUGCAGUCCACCAUCUAUAUCUUUGCCUCUCCAGAGAACACCUUCUUCACAUGCUUACUGCUUAAUCUGCAAGCGACCGGGUCCUAAACUUGUUGUCGUGUCUUCAGCAGCUAGAUUUUCAGCCUUUCUUCACCAUGAAAUCAUCAUCCCACCUGGAAGCAGAUGUUGUCCAUCCCACAUUGAUGAAGGAGAGUUUAGACCUGGUGUUUUGACCAAAAUACAGACAUUCGAGUCUUCAUUUGUAAACAAGUCGACAGUGCUGGAACUGAUCCAAAAAAUACGAAAUUAUGCCCUCCAGACCUCAACAAGCAGAUUUUCUUUUGAACUGUCUACCAUGAGCAACAGUGAUUAUAUGGCACUGACUGGUAUCUCUAAAGAAAACUUUGAAGACCUCCAUUCCUUUAUUUCCAGUGAUAUUCGAAACACACAAAACCGAGGCACAAGGAUGUCACUUGGAAUCUUUCUUCUGAAACUGAGAUCAGGAAUGUCAAAUCAACUUCUGGCCACGAUUUUUGGAAUUUCAAAGUCUUCCCUCUGUAGAGCAGUAAAAUCAGUCCGUACAGCACUCAUGAAGUCAUUUGUACCACAUCAUCUUGGACUACAACAUACAACAAGAGAAGAAAUUAUAGAAAAUCAUACAAGACCUCUGGCACAGGAACUUUUUGGUGAUUUUACAAAUAAGAAAGCUAUUGCUGUUUUGGAUGGAACUUAUAUAUAUAUUCAGAAAAGUAACAACUUCCAGUUUCAACGGAAAUCAUAUAGUUUACAUAAAGGCAGGCCCCUUGUUAAACCCAUGGUUGUCACAUCCACAGACGGAUACUUUCUAACAGUUCUUGGACCCUACCUAGCUAGGAAUAAUGAUGCCACUAUCCUCAACCAUAUGCUUCAUACCAAUGUAGAAGAUCUGAAGGGCUGGUUCCAUGAAGAUGAUGUUUUUGUUGUAGACAGAGGCUUCCGAGAUUCAGUCGAUAUGCUCGAGGAGCUGGGAAUAAGGGCCGAAAUGCCUCGCCUGAUGAGCAGAGGGCAGAAGCAGAUGACAACCUUAGAUGCCAAUGCCUCUCGUCUGGUCACCAAGAUUCGUUGGGUUGUUGAGGCAGCCAAUGCAAGGAUAAAGCGAUGGAAGUACCUUGCUCAUGUUCUUCCAACCAAUCAAGUGCCAUUUAUCGGUGACUAUGUGCGCAUCGUGUGUGCCCUCUCCAACCGUUACUGCAAGCCUCUGUCGACAGGAAGUGAAGAUGAAGACAUGGCCCUUGCAUGCAAAAUGAGGUAUUUGUCAACAAAAGUUAACUCUUUAAAGACAUUUGUUGAAGAAAACUGUCUGGAUAAGAAGUCUGUAAAGUGGGAAGUGGCUACUGAUUCUUUGGAAUUCCCCAACAUCAGCGAAGAUGACAUACGAAAUCUGACCUGUGGAGUUUAUCAACUGAAGUUGUGUCCAAGUUAUAUUCAGGAGUAUUUGGAGGGGGAUGUGGAUAUCUUGGUUCACAGUGAGUUCCAUGGGCUUAUCAGGGUCAAGCUACAGAGUCGUCAUGUUUCUUCCCGACAGUAUCUGCUCUGGAUCCAGUUUUCCGAGUCUGAUAUCACUGCAUGGUAUUGCAGAUGUCGAGCGGGUGCCCGUGUUGUGGGAGUAUGUUCCCAUGUCGCCGCCGUUAUCUGGUUUCUCGCUGUUGGGAGACACAACAGGGAGGCUAUUUCGUCUAUUCAAGACUGGUCCGAGUUUGUCACUGAUGCAGCUGUCAUUGACGAAUCUGAGGACAGUGAUGACAGUGAGGUAGAGGAGUAACUGAGUUCAUUUUUCUUCUUCUAGUGAUUAAUCAGACUCUGUUGGUAUC